GAAAUAUUUAACACACUUGAACGCGAAACUUCCGUAGAUAUGCAGAAAGCAACUUUGUCUUUUACCCAUAUCGCUUUAUGGCACCAAUUGCAGAAAGGACUCGAUUUGGUCUUAAAAGGAGCAUUGAGCCCAUUUAUAGCGGUGGCCCUAUUGGCUUCGCUUCUAAUGAAAAAAUCCUAGUCACCAGUUUAGGUGAUCGGAUUAUGGGUAGCAAUGGGGAGACUGGUGAAAAAAUUUUUUCUAUUAAUAAGGAUGAAGAUGAUUACGUUACUUCGAUGAUUAUGACAAGUGAUGGAAGCAAGUUGGUUGUUGCUUUUAGAUCGCGCUUGGUUACAAUAUAUGAAGUACCUUCAGGAAGACGCUUAAAGUCGUUUAAAGCUCAUGAAACACAAGUAAUUACUAUGACCAUUGACCCGACAAACAGCGUCUUGGCUACGGGUGGUGCUGAAGGCCUUGUAAAGGUGUGGGAUUUAGCAGGUGGAUACACGACACACGUUUUACGUGGUCAUGGCGGCAUCAUCAGUGCUCUUCGCUUUGGAAAGUAUCAAGAAAAAUGGGUGCUGGCAAGUGGUGCCGACGAUACUCGAGUACGACUUUGGGAUUUAAAUACCAGUCGGUCAAUUGCUACAUUCGAAGGUCAUAGCAGUGUGAUUCGAGGCCUUACAUUCGAUGAGUCUGGGUCGUUUUUAUUGAGUGGCUCACGAGACAAGACAGUGCAAGUUUGGGAUCUGAAAAAGCGUUCUGCUAUUCGCACUAUCCCUGUAAUGCAUGGCGUGGAAUCCCUUGGAUGGGUCAAUCAUCCUGGGAAAAAUGAGAAAGUACUAUAUACGGCUGGUGAGGGGAACAUAAUUUUAGCCUGGAAUUGGAAAACUGGAGCUCGUUUCAAUCCCGAUGUUCAGAUUAUUCCUAAUGAAAACAAUGCGAUUAUCCAGGUUAUUUCUAUGGAUGAUAAUUCACUUCUGACUGUGCAUUCCGAUUUGAGCUUGCUUGUACAGAGCUUAUCAAUUGAAGAAGGUUUUUUGGUUCAAAAGAAGCUUCAUGGAUCUUUCGAUGAAGUCAUUGACUGUGCUUGGAUUGGCGACGAUCAUUUGGCAAUUGCAUCCAAUACUGAAUAUAUUGAUAUUAUUUCCGCUGAUGGCACACAAGUUUAUGGUGUUUUAGCAGGUCAUACCGAUAUUGUUCUCGCAAUGCACGCUUCUGAAGAUGGCGUUUGGUUAGCAACUGGUGCUAAAGAUAAUACUACACGACUGUGGAAUCUAGAUGUUGAAAAUAAUAAAUUUACUUGUGUACGUGUGUUUACAGGUCAUACGGCUAGCGUGACAGCUGUGGCUUUGGGUCCCUUGGACGCACAUGGUUUCCCCUCAUAUCUUGUAUCCGCCUCUCAAGAUCGCACUUUGAAGCGUUAUGAUCUAGGUUCUUCUUUGACUAAUUCCGAAAGUCAGAAUAGAGCUAUCUGGACCAUUAAAGCGCAUGACCGCGAUAUAAAUGCUGUUCAAGUAUCUGCUGAUGGACGUAUCGUUGCUACUGUUAGUCAGGACAAAUUAAUCAAGUUAUGGGAUUCAUCUCUUGGUGAAGUUAUCGGAGUUUUGCGUGGUCAUCGUAGAGGUGUGUGGGCCUGCGUAUUCAAUCCCCAUAGCCGUCAAUUAGCUAGUGGUAGCGGUGAUCGAACAGUUCGUGUAUGGAGUAUUGAUGAGCAACAAUGUCUUCAUACAUUAGAAGGACAUACCGGUGCUGUCUUAAAGCUGGCUUAUAUAUCAAGGGGCACACAACUUAUUAGUGCUGCCGCCGACGGUCUUGUAAAGGUUUGGUCCAUAGCCUCGGGUGAAUGCGUCGCAACAUUGGAUAACCAUGAGGACAGAGUUUGGGCUGUAGCAGUUCGUGAUGAUGGUGCUCGCAUCGUAUCUGGUGGUGCCGAUGCUGUCGUAAGUGUUUGGCAAGAUGUCACAGAAGAGCAUGCUGCUGAGGAAGCUGAGGAACUCGAACGUCGUGUCGAGGCCGAACAAUCACUGGCUAAUUACGAAAAGGCUGAAGAUUGGCGGAAUGCUAUUGCGUUGGCAUUGUCAUUGGAUAGACCUCUCGGUUUACUACGCCUUUUUGAACGAGUCAUGAAUUCUCCACAUCAAAAAGGAAGUAUUACAGGUAACGCCGACGUGGAUAAGGUGGUAUCAGAUUUGAGUGAUAAUCAGUUAACAAUUUUAUUUCAACGCAUCCGUGAUUGGAAUGUUAAUAACAAAACUAGCAUGGUUGCACAGAGGCUGCUACAUCUACUUCUACACGCUUACCCCCCUAAACAUCUUUUGGAAAUUCCGGGAAUAAAAGGAAUUUUUGAUAGCAUGUUUCCAUAUACCCAGCGUCAUCUUUCAAGGAUUAAUGAUUUGUUGGAAGAAUCCUAUAUUGUUGAUUAUGUUAUGUAAAUUAAAACCGAACACUUUAAUUUGAGGUUAGUACUUUCGGUACUUAACUAUUUUUCAAAGGUCAAUUUUCAGCUAUUGAUUAUUUUCUAUGUUUCAAAAUCGGGUUAAAUAAAAUUUGGGUCUAUAUUUUUGGAAAACUUGCAACCAAUAGCAAUUGUAGCUUUUCUGGAGGGUAAGGGUAGUAGAAAUUAAAUACCUUCAAAAUUUAGGAACCCAGACAUGAGAAGGAUACGGUAAUACUUUUUCUUAGAAAUCUCGUUUGUCCAAUUCCAAGCGCUGGUUAACCGGCCGUCAAUACAACUUCCAGCGUCGUACCAAUUGUCAGCACCACGUCCAUCGAAUGCAUGUUUGAAAAAAUCCAGUAGUAAAGUCUGCUGCAGACCUCUAAUGCUUCCAUAUUCUUCUUCAAUGUAUUGUACCAAGAAGGGAUCUCUCAAAUAUUCCAGUUGUUGUAAUACCUUUACAAGAGGUGUUAAGAUGUGAGGGACUUGGCGGUAUUUGUCGAUGAACAUUAAAGCGUUAGGUACGGCACGAUCACCUAAAUGUACAACGGAGCUACCUAUCCAAGGCAAUUCCUGCUCAUGCUGUACUCCGGACAAUAUUCUAUUAACCGUCGUACGGAGCAAAGGGCACGCCUGAACGCGGUUCAAACCUUGUCCAGUAUCAGAAAUGAAAUAUCUCGUAUCUUUGUCAACAAGGGAUGCAUCGCUUUGAAGCCAUAGCAAAAACAUUUGGUCCAUCAUACAAGACCAAAAUUGCAAGCUUUGGUCAACAUAAGAAAAUUGCGUUCGGUGAUCAUGUGUUAGACGGGCACCAUUCAUAAAACCAAUUUUCAAGUUUCCACCUUUCUUUGAAUCUUGUGGUGAAAAGAAUUCAUACAAAUAAGAUCGCAUUUUUUCAACAGGAACCCGAUUAGCCAACAGAAAUGACUCAUGAUCUGCUAAUGAAACCAGACAGUCUUCCAAAAUUCUCUUUUUUCCAUCAUUCCCCUUUGCGUAUUUUUUGAGCAAAACAUCACUGCUUUUUUUUCGUUCCUCAUUUAUUUUGGACCGUAAGGAGGUACCAGCAUAGGGAUCUAUUUGUUGGAGAGCAGUGUCUAGAAGCUGCUUUUCAGAAAGAAUAUCUAGCAAACCAUUCUCUUCUAAAACACGAAAAACGGUUUUUACAGGGAUGUAAAAGUCAAAGCCCAUUUGCAUACGGACAUCAGGUAUCAUGGAAUCUUGGCACAUGUACAUCAUAGCG